AUGGCAGUCACAUUGUAUAACCCUAAAUCUGAAUCUGGGUUGAAGAAACUUGAUGAGUACCUUCUAACCCGCAGUUACAUCACCGGGUACCAAGCAUCAAAGGAUGAUAUCACUGUCUAUUCAGCUUUGGCAUCAGUUCCAUCGGAGGAAUAUGUCAAUGUUGCUAGGUGGUACAAGCACAUUGAUGCUUUGUUGAGAAUUUCUGGUGUUUCUGGCGAGGGAUCUGGUGUCAUUGUGGAAUCUUCUCUUGUGGCGGAAGAUGCUAUUGCCACUCCUCCAGUUGCCGACACAAAGGCCACUGAAGCUGAGGAUGAUGAUGACAGUGAUGUGGAUUUGUUUGGUGAAGAGACUGAGGAAGAGAAGAAGGCAGCUGAGGAACGGGCAGCAGCCGUGAAGGCUUCUGGCAAAAAGAAAGAGAGUGGAAAAUCAUCUGUAUUGUUGGAUGUUAAGCCAUGGGAUGAUGAAACUGACAUGAAAAAGCUUGAAGAAGCAGUGAGAUCUGUUAAGUUGGAUGGCUUGUUAUGGGGUGCAUCCAAACUUGUUCCUGUUGGGAUUAUCUUACCGUUGAGCCCAUCAAUGAGUAUGUCCAGAGUUGUGACAUUGUUGCCUUCAAUAAAAUAUAAUCUGCUAUUUAUGUGA